CAGUAACGUGAGCUAGCGUAGCGAGGGAGCUUUGGCAUUACUGUGAUUAUUCUGUUACCUGAACCGUUGUUGUUUCUUGGUAAAUUUAAUUACGUUCAGAAAGUAGCUGUGGUUUACUAGGCGCAUGGUAUGGUUUGCCUUCUUGUCUGACGAACCGAGCGAACUGAUUCACACAUGCCACCCCGGUUAGAGGGUAGUUGUUUCUAAAUUAGCUAUUGAUAGUAUGUGCUACGAGCUAGCUGUCUAGCUAGCGCUGGUGGAUUUUGCUUUGACAUGUUUAGACAGUGCUUUACUGGUGUGCUUCUGACCAUUUGAUUAGGGAGGGUGGUUUUUGUUACGUUAAUACCUAUUAGUGACUGAAUGAUGACCAGCACCGCGCAGUCCAGGACAAUCGCGCUGUUAAAAGUGCGACUGUAUUUGUUACAAAGUUGUGUUAUCGUGAACUUAGUAGGCUGAACUGACUGCUUCGAUACUGCAAAAUGAUGGAUCCUUCAUGCAAGACCAGUGCACGCAUAUGCUCUCUUUGCUCACUCUAAAGUAUGUGGUGUGACGCAACUGACUUUGGCUCGUAAAUAAAAUUGAAUAGACUUGAACUAUAUUUUAAAUCUCGGAAACGAGGCACGUCAGUCAUCAUGAUGAUUCAGCCAUCAGAGACGGUUUUUGGAGUGGGGGCAGGAGUAUUUCUGAUUGCACUAAUAUGGAUUGCGGCUUUUGUACUGACCACACUUCUAUCCAGAGCGGCCGGGAUAGUCAAGUUGGCCAUCGUACCUGUCCUUCUCCUGGCUGUCAUCGCAACCCUCGUUCUGCUGUUCUUCCCUCGUGGCUCUGAAGAACCUGCUCCUGUGAAAGAAGUGCAGAUCGUGGACGGGCUCUUCAUUGGUCGCUACGUGUUGCUGUCGGUGGUGUGUGUGGCACUGCUGGCAUCCGUCUUCAUGCUGUUACCCCUGCAUCUCCUGGAGCCUGUCUAUGCCAAGCCUUUACGGAGCCACUAGCAAAAACAGCAACAGAGGCGGGCGGCGGGCCAACUUGGCACCGGGCUAACCGGGUCGUCACUUAGGAUAUGCCCAGCUGGAGAUGAGAGGCUUCAAGUGUCCUCCACGAUCUCUGCUUUUUUGUUCUCCGUUCCUCUUGCUUUCAUGCGGAGUGUCAGUUUGGUUUCGUGUGCUGCUUGAAUGGGUGGUUUGUUGAUUGGACAUCAUGAGCUUUUUGUAAUAAACAUUCCUUUUUUUACUAACUGA